UUAGGUUUCAUUUCAUUCAUCUAAAGGGCUUCUUUAAAGAGACAGCCAAUGCUUAGGCAAACCGAUUUGACCUAGUGCAACAACUUUGUCAGGGCGUCUAUACAACAGUUAUUACGACUGUAAGCUACAGACAGCAUGGCAGCCUCCAUGAAAUGCGUUUGUGUUACAUAGCAGGAGUUUCCCAAGGAUCUUGAUAUUUCCUUAAAUCUGACUGUCCUCUGCCAGCAACCUUGAAAUUAAGCAAAAGACCUCCUUCGUGUUCUGCCGAAAUUGUGUGCAUCUCACAUGUUGACAAAGAAGCUUCCCCCCCUGCAGAGUUUCCUGGUGCUGGUUUCCAGACGUGCAAGUCACCUUGCUCGACAGCAGUAUGAUGUCAUUGUUGUGGGUGGGGGUCAUGCAGGGACUGAGGCGGCGGCAGCAGCAGCCAGAGUGGGAGCUGAGACACUCCUGGUCUCACAGAAAAUACACACCAUAGGUGCCCUGUCCUGUAACCCGUCUCUGGGAGGAGUAGGGAAGGGCCAGCUUGUGAGGGAGGUAGAUGCCCUGGAUGGGCUGUGUGGUCGAGCAGGAGACUGGGCUGGGAUCCAUUUCUCCAUCCUGAAUCGUAGAAAAGGCCCUGCUGUGUGGGGCCCGAGGGCCCAGCUGGACCGCCAGCGCUACCGCAAAUUUAUUCAGUCUGAGCUGCUGUCCACUCCCAGGCUGACGGUGUUGGAGGGCUCAGUGGAGGAGCUGCUGGUAACAGAACCAAACCCAGAGGAGCCUGGACACCACAGAGUCACUGGGAUACGUUUGGCAAAUGGAAGCCACCCGAUCUCAGCCAGCUCCGUGGUUCUUACUACUGGUACUUUCUUGUCUGGCUCCCUCUUCAUGGGCCAAACCACGUCACCCGGGGGCCGGAUUGGAGAUGCCCCGUCGUGUGCUGGGCUGUCCCACACGCUGAGGGAGAGGCUGGGGCUGAGGAUAGGCAGACUGAGGACUGGUACCCCUCCCAGGAUUGUGAGGGAUUCAGUGGACCUUUCCCUGGCUGACCUUCACCCUCCUGACAGUCAUCCAACUCCAUUCAGCUUCCUUAAUACACACACACGCUGCAAGCUGCCUUGCUACCUGACCUAUACUACUCCUGGUGUCGAGAGAGUGGUGAGGGAGAGUCUUCAUCUCAACUGUCACAUACAGCAAGACACCAAGGGUCCCAGAUACUGCCCCUCCAUUGAGUCGCGAGUGCUUCGCUUUCCAGGCCGAAAGCACCAGGUGUGGCUGGAGCCUGAGGGGGUGACCUCUGACCUUUUGUACCCUCAGGGUCUGUCCAUGACCAUGCCCCCUGACACGCAGCUCCGCCUCAUCAGAGAAAUUCCUGCCAUGCACCGAGCUGAGAUCCACACACCUGGUUAUGGUGUGCAGUAUGACUUUGUGUGUCCCACUCAGCUGAGCCCUGCCCUGCAGGUGAAAAGCACCCAAGGUCUUUUUCUAGCCGGUCAGAUCAACGGAACAACAGGGUACGAGGAGGCUGCUGCACAGGGCCUGUGGGCAGGGGUGAACGCUGGCCGCUGGGCGCUCUGCAUGCCUGUAGCGGCAUUGUCUCGGACAGAGAGUUAUAUUGGAGUUCUCAUUGAUGAUCUGGUGAGUCGAGGCGUUACAGAGCCCUACCGCAUGUUCACCAGCCGGGCUGAGUUUCGAACCUCUCUGAGGCCCGACAACGCUGACCUCCGCCUCACUCUGAAAGGGUUUGAGGAGGUGAAAUGUGUGUCCUCCUUGCGCUACCAGGAGGCUGUGAGAGUUAGGGACAGUCUGCAGGAAGCACUGGCAGCCCUUCAGUCUCUCCAUCUGUCCAGCCUCAACUGGAGACUAAAGCUGCCCGACAUGCGUAUGAGUGAGGCCAAGAGCACCUUACUGACUGGUAUGCAUGUGCUGCAGUACAAUGAUGUGUCCUUUGAAAUGUUGGCAUCUGCCUUCCCAGAGUGCCUUUCACCUUACUUGGAAUUCUCACAAAGACUGAAGAUAGAGGCUGUGUACAGGCCUCACUGUGACCUACAGAAGAAAGAGAUUGAGAGAAUUCAGAAGGAGGAGAGCUUGUCUCUCCCCCAGGACAUAGACUAUUUCUCUCUGCCGGUGUCACUGUCUCAGGAAGUUAGAGAGAUUUUGGACAGAGUUCGACCCAGCACUCUGGGUGCUGCUACACGUUUGCAAGGUAUAACUCCAGCUGCAAUCGUCCAUCUCCUCAACUAUGUGCGCCACGCAGGACAAAAAGAGAGAAGAACACACAGAAACCGACCAGACCAAAAGGAGGAAGGUGAAGAGGAGCGGUGUGCAAGAAAUGCAUCUUUACCUCAGUGAAAUGACUCGUAAAAUGUUGUGUAAAAAUGUUUGUAUUCCUGAAAAUGUACAAAAGAAUAAAUUAAGGUAUUUUAAGAGUGA